UCUCAUGGUUGGUUUACAAGAGUACAGGGCAACAAGGUGCUUUAUGCAAAUAUUGUGUAUUAUUUGCCAGAGAUUGCGCAGGAAAAGGCUCUCAUCAGCAGUUGAAAUCCUUUGUUACUCAGCCGCUUACUAAAUGGAAAGAUGCUGUACAUGAUUUCAAACAUCACAGUGAAAGCCAAAACCACAAAUCUUCUGUAUUAUUGGCUAAUAAUUUUAUGGUGUAUAAUAAAUCUCAAUCAAAUAUAAUAAGUCAGAUUGAUAGCGGAUACCUAGCGCAAACAGCUGAAAAUAGAAAAUGGUAUAUUCCGAUUAUUGAAACAAUUAAAUUAUGUGAACGUCAAGAAUUGGCACUGAGAGAUACAUGCGACUCAGGUCCAAUAAAGAUUAAUGAUGCUGAGCCAGAAACAAAUGAUGGAAACUUUCGUGCUGUCUUACGGAUGAGAAGCAGAUGUGGAGACUCAAAUCUAAUAAAGCACAGAGAAAAUACGACGUUGAACGCUACCUAUCUAAGCCCGACCAUACAAAAUGAACUUAAUGCAAUUUGUGGUGAAAUAGUCCAGAAAAAAAUUGUGCAAGGAUUAAAUUCUGCGAAAUUCUUUUCAAUCCUUGUUGACGAAAUUACUGAUGUUUCACGACAAGACCAGAUGUCUAUUUGUCUAAGAUAUGCCAGGCCAAAAGAUAAUGGGCUUUUCUUGCGUGAAGAAACUUUUGUAACAGUUGAGAAUACAAAAGGAAGAUAUUCACCUAUUGCAAUUUUAUCUGAAUUAAAAUCUUUGAGAGUAGAUUGCGAAUAUUUAGUCAAACAAGGAUAUGAUGGAGUUUCUUCGAUGAAAGGAAGUUUUAAAGGUGUUGAGGCAGUAAUUCGUAAGUCACAUCCAGAGGUCUUAUACGUUCAUUGCCAGAUUUAGCCUAUUCUAAAUACUAUUGGAAUUAUAAAAUCGGUUGGAAAUUUAUCAAGUCCUCGGCAAAACGAACCAAGUGUUUAAAAGAUAAUAUUGAAAAAAAACUUCCCUGAAACACAAUGGAAAAACCUUACGGCAAUGUGCGAGACCCGCUAGCUAGAAAAUCAUAAUGGUUUGUUAAGAUUUAAAGAAAUUUAUAAAGCUAUUGUUGAUACACUAGACAACUUAAGCACUGACAUGAAUUCUGAAACAUCGUCAAAGGCUAAUUAUUUUCUGAGAUCAGUCAUUUCAAGUGAUUUUGUUAUAAGCUUAUGUUGCUUAGGAAUGUUGUUCCCGUACACACUGACACUAUACAAAAUACUUCAAUCGCUCCUAUACGAUGUCGAUUUAAUUAUAAAGACUAUUGAAGAUGUUCGCCAAAAUAUUGAUUCAACAUUUGCUGAACUUUUCAAGAAUGUACAGAAUUUGCUCUGUACUGUACGAGGAAAUGAAAAUUCCGUGAAUAACGUCACGCCAAGAGCAUAGGGCAAACUACAACACAAAAGAUCCUGAAACUUAUUUUAGAAUUACUAUAAUGAUUCCACUUUUGGAUGAUUUCAUAGAUCAGCUUCAGUCAAGAUUCCAAAAUCAUAAAAAUUGGUGGAAGAAUCUGAACUAGAUUGACCAACAUGUGCUAUUGAAGCUCUCGGAGAAUGCAACCAGGCCUUAUUUUCAAACAUUCACAAACUUUUAAAGAUCUUGGCUACACUGCCUGUUUCUACAUGUACUCCUAAGAGGACUUUCUCUUCUAUGAAACGCCACAAAACUUAUUUGAGAAACUUCACUGACCAGGAAAGACUAAACGGUUUGGCGUUAAUGUCAAUCCACCGCAGAAUUGACAUCGAUACCGAGGAGGUAAUGGAUUUGUUCGCUGCAAUGAAAGCUAGAAGACUAAAUUUAAUUUUGUAAUAAGUUGUUAAUAUUUCUGUAAUGGUUUUCUAAUAAAUAUAUAGGAUAAGUAACACCACUUUAUUUCUUUUAUUAAAACGAUUUUAUGUUUUUCUACUGUUCCACCAAAUCAAACCCCUCCCCCACGAAAUUAUUUUCUGGCUAAGGCCUUGGCCAAGUUCAAGUUAAGUGUAUGGCGUAUCGCAAAUCGCGAUAAACAAUAAAAACAAUGAUUGUUUAUAGUUUAGUAAUUUGUAACAAUUUUUAGUUUUAAAUCAAGUAACCAAAUUAAUUUAAAAAUAAUACCUCAGGGAAAGAUGGAAAAUCAGGCCACCGCACCGCGGUGUUUAAUUCACAAAAUACGGCGACUUUAAUAGAGGCAAAUAAUGCUAGUUCACAAACCCAAAAGGAAUAAACAUUAUUUACCGCAUGAAAAAAAAUCAUAAUUUGAAAAAGAAUACAUGGCUAAUCGACUAAAUGCAAUGCAACUUCAACUAGAAGAAAUGCAAAAAGCAUUUAAUAAACUACAUAACUAAUAUACAGUAAGUCAAAAAAGUGUGGCACAAGGUUCAUCAACAAAACAGAUUAAAGAUACGUCAGACUGAUACUUCACCGAAGAAGAAGAAUUGUCUGCAGAGACUGAGUGGAUUAGAGUAAAGAACCGUAAAGAGACGAAUGGAUACAGCACCUUCUCACCCACAAAUCAGUCCAAAGGUCCAAGGAAAUUACCAACAAAAAAAUUAAAAAGGUACCUCAGCCGCCUCCAAUAAUUGUACAUGGGAUUCAAAACUUUAAUAAUAUCCAUCAAAUUAUAUCUAGCAAAAUGAUUAAUUUUCAAAUAAAAUACAUUAAACACAAAAUUAUCAAGGUAAAUGUUCCGGACGGAGAAUAUUACCAAG